ACUAUGACCAGUCACAUGGUCCAUCUCUUAUAGGCCUCAUAUGUAACUCAGUUUUAGGAUGAGAGUCCCAUCCAACUGCUAGCUCCUCCUCCUCCUUCCUCAAAGCCUUUUUUGGCCACAGAGGAAGACAGAGUUGCAGUUGCAGAGGAGAAGCAUCAUCCAUGGACAGGGAACCGGAGCAGCUCCGAUUCCUAGGCUUCUUCGGCAUCUACAAAGAAGCCCUCAAGAUCAUCCACUCGCGCAGACGGCUCUUCGGCCUCGUCUCCCUCACCCUCAUCCUUCCCCUCUCCGUCAUCUUCCUCGCAAACUAUGAGAUCUCAGCAGCCAUAUUUGCGAAAAUCAAUCAGACUGAGGCGACUCCAAACACGGCCCACGACAAACUUAGAGGGGAGUGGGCUCAAUUUUGGCUGUUCAAGUUGGGAUACCUAAUCAUCGUAGUAAUCUUCUCUCUCCUAUCGACCUCAGCCGUCGUGUACAUGGUCGCCUGCGUCUACGCAGGCAAGGACAUGACGUACAGAAAGAUCAUGGCGGUCGUCCCGAGAGUCUGGAAGCGAUUGAUGGUAACCUUCUUCUGGUUGUUCAUCAUCGGUGUCGGAUACAAUCUGACAUCGCUAUUGGUGAUCGCGAUGAUCAUAGUUUUUCUUAAAGGUGUUGCGGAACUUGUACUAGUCAUUGUGCUAACAGUGCUGUAUCUUGUUGGGCUGGUAUAUUUGUGUGUGGUUUGGCAAUUGGCCGGCGUGAUUUCUGUUCUGGAGGAGAAGUGCGGGUGGGCGGCCAUGGCGAAAGGCAAGGAACUGAUCAAGGGGAAGUUAUUCGUAGCGAGUGCGAUAUUCGUCGUGCUUUCCCUGAUAGAUGCCGGAAUCCAUGUCGGAUUUGUUGCAUUGGUUGUUCAACCCUACUGGGCCGAGGUCGGGCCGAGGGUGGGGUGUGGGUUCAUGUUUCUCUUCCUCCUUUGUGGGAUCAUAUUGCUGGGGCUGGUGACUCAGAGCAUCAUCUACUUUGUGUGCAAGUCCUACCACCAUGAGAGCAUUGACAAGUCAGGGUUGUCUGAUCACCUAGAGCUCUAUGGGAAGUAUGUGCGCUUGAGCAGGCAAACAGCGCAGACGGAUGAUCAACAGUCCCAUGUUUGAACCUUCUGUGAUAUUUUUUUUGCCUUGAGAUAUUGUGAGUUUGAGUUACUUGUGAGAUAUUGUGAGUUUGAGUUACUUGUACACAAUUACAUGGUGUAAUAUUGUCAUGAACAAUUGAAUUAUUUACAAGGAUAGAAGGUUUCUUUUCCGUGCUAAAA